AUUUUCUCAUAAGCCUGGAACAGUAAACACUGUGAUAUUUCAUACACCAUCAGGCUUAAGAACAGAAAUAAGCACUCCAAAUACUGUAUUCUUUAUUGCAUUUUUGAGCAAACAUGAUCAAAUUGUUGUCUGUUCAACGGAUAGUGGUAAAGUUAAAGUUCAAUUAUGGGAUUGUUGGAGUGGAAUAUUGAUUAAAGAAGAAAAUCAUCCGAAUCUUGAUAUGGAUUUACCUCUCCUUUUUCUCGAUGAUCAAUUUGUCCAUGCGAUUGGAAAUAAAAUUGUCAAAUACCCUUUAUUUCCUAAUAAUAAUUAUAAAGAAGAUCAAAUGAACACCGAAGAAUUAUUACUUGGAAAAGAACAAUUUCUUCCAAACAAAAAAUUAAAAUUAGUUUCAUCGAUCGAACCAAAUUUCGCCGGAAACUCUAUAUGUUCGAUUUGUAUUCAUAAAAAAGAAAAAAUGAUUUGUAAAUUUAAAUUUGAACCUUGGAGGAAGUGGGGGACAGCCGAUCUAUUUAUGAAAUGGUUGGAUAAAGAUGGAAAUCGAAUUUUAUUGGCAGGAUACAAUAGUAUUCAGAUAUACAAAACGAAACCAAAAGGUUCAUUGUUGAGAGUUGAAUUACAAUACAUGUGGACGGUUCCAUUUUAUAAAAAUGCUGGUAUCAAUUCUUUAUCUUUGGAGACUCUGAAAACUCUGCAAGACGAAAAUGACGAAAAUGAUGAUAAUGACGAACCAUCUUAUCUUCUUAAAAUACAACUUACAAAUUCUGAAACAAUAAUUCUUCCACUUCCUGCGACAAAUGAUAAGAUUACGUAUCAGAUUUUCAUUGAUGCGUGCGCGUCCAUACACUUUAUACGUCUAUUUCUUAAUGAAGAUUUAUCAUAUGUCUCACAUUGGGAUAUUUAUGCUCAAUUAAAAAAAUUAAUCCUAAAUUCAAUAGAUAAAUUCCCUUCGUCAUUUAACAAAAUAUCUUUAGGUCAUGAUCAAUACGUAUAUCCCAUGGAAGACUUUAUAUUGUUUAAAUGGGAUAACAUAGUUGAUGAAAUUUUAAUUAAAGAACAUUAUAUUCCAUUAUUUCACAAUGAAGAACGAACUGAAAGUGUUUUAGCUUUGUUGAUUAAGUUUCGAAAAUCUGAUCUUAUUGAUCACUUGAUUUCUUAUAUUAUACGUCACGUACGUGAUCGUAAUAUGCCGUCGCAUAGUAAAUCAAAAGCGUCAUCAAAUACUUUGAAAAUUCAGCAGCCCGGAUUUGCAUGGACGAUCAGUGCGGUAUUAUUAGAUUUAUAUCAAUAUUAUCCAGAUAAAUGUAUUAAAAUAAUGAAAGAAUGGAGUUAUUUUACAACUUCAUUGGAGACUCCCACUCGAACUUUACUAACUGAUUUAGGAGACCCAUCAAAGAUCGAGGAAAGAAGUUUUCAUCAAGGAUUGAAAGCUGUCUCUCAAAAAUUACAUUUACCAAAAGAACCAAUUCGUCAAUCAAUGUUAAAACGAAUAAUUUCCAAAUUUUCAUUUGGUAACAAAUAUUCCACAAAUUCUAACAUUGCACAGACAACUUCUUAUCCAGCAAGACUUUGUGUUGUUCCAUUGCCAGAUUUUUGUAUUUAUCCUGCACCUCCAAAACUUAAAGAUAAUGCCCCUUUUCGAGAACGUGUACAAAAAUUUUGGGAAACAUAUGUUUCGCCAAAGAGAUUAAGCCCGUUUGCCGAGGCGGCUUUACAUGGGCGAGUGGAUAUGUUUAGUGAAGUUGCUAUGGAGGCUAUUAUUAAAUUUAAAUGGGGAAAAUAUGCACGCAAGAGAUUCUUAUUAAUGUUCUAUGCCUAUCUAAUAUACGCGUUUCUAUUCUGUGUAACUGUCAGUAUCUACCCUAUAUUAGUACCUGACGAUCAUGAAAAUUUAAAAAUAUUUUUAUUUGGCAUUGUGAUAGCCUUUUCAAUAUUAUUUUUAAUUCAAGAAAUUCGCCAAAUGAUGGGCCGAUGGAAAAACUAUUGGAGAAGCAUAUUUAAUUAUUUAGAUUUGGCAAGUUCUAGUUUGCCAUUAGUUACUUGUUCAUUAGCAAUUAGUAAAAAUGAACCACAUGAUUCAUUAAAAAGUUAUGCAAUUUUAGUUGUCUGGAUGAAUAUGCUUCUUCUAUCACGUGCAUUCGCUGGUCCAGGAAUGUUCAUUUCUAUAAUUUUAGAAAUCAUAAAAAGGAAUUCCAACAUGAUUUUGAACUUUUUUUUAACUUUGACAUUCAUGGUUGUUGUAAGUGAUAUAACGAUCCCCCAUUUUUCUGGCAUAAUAACAAACUCAACAACUGGUCAAGAAAUUGGUCAUUUAGAUCUAAGUCAACCAAUAAAUUUGUGGUGGUCAACUUUUCCUUGGGCAAUGUUUUCUACAUAUAAAUUUCUAGGUGUUGGAUGGGAAAGUAUAACUGUUUUUGACCCCGAAUGGGCAUUGCUUUUUAUGAUUUUCUUGUUUAGUUUAAUUAUUGAAGUAUUCAGUGGGUCUCUCAAAAAUGGUCGUCCGGCUUGGCAACGCCACCGAGCCCAGUUAAUCACCGAAAUCGAAUUAUAUUCCUUUACCCCUUCACAACGUUAUCACGCAGAAUGGUUUCCUCAUUUAAUAUACUAUGAAAGUCAUUUAGAUUCCAUUCUGGAAUGGAGACAACAAUUACAUCGAGCAGCAAUGGACGAUGUUAAUGCGGAUUUCAUAAAGAAUGAAUUGAGAGAAGUAAAAUCUGAUAUAAUUGGAGAAUUGAAAGAG